CCAUGAUCAACAUUCACGAAUCCCCCACGGUCAUCACACCUGCAACCUCGGCAGGCGGACGGAACCCCGCACAACUGCACCUUCACGAACCGCUGCAAAUAAGUACCCCCGCUGUAUCACGCAACAUUUCUGGACACCUGAUCAAGCUGUUCGAGACGGAAAGUGGAGGUUCGGUGAUGAAGCUUGAUUGAGCAACUCCACGACCAGCUGGGUAAUGGCCACCAAAACAAGUGAUCAUGUGGACAAGUCGCACGGCUCACGCCCUCUUUUGCUCUUUGUUUAAAAGGCCGAGACUUGCUCACCCUCAAGGUUCUCUAACAUAAUCCAUUUCAAUUGCCAAAUAACCAUGCCUGCUGCCGACUCUAACAUCCAAGUCGCCGAGGGCGCAGAGAUUCCCAAGACAGCCCGUGCCGCCGUCUACUCUAAAAUUGGCGAAUGCAAGAUCGACGUCGUUGAUCAGCAAGUCCCGACACCCGGCCCCAACGAAGUCCUCGUCAAACUCGACUACUCCGGCGUAUGCCACUCAGACCUCCACCUCAUGCUCGGCGAAUGGCCCUGGUGGCCCAUGACCGACGGUCAAGUCGGCGGUCACGAAGGUGUCGGCACCAUCCUCGCCGCGCACUCCUCCGUUUCGGACAAGAUGUUGGGGCAGAGAGUGGGAAUAAAAUGGAUCGCGAGUGCGUGUUUGAGUUGUGCGCAUUGUUUGAGUGGACGUGAUGCCUUCUGUGGAGGUCAAAAGGCGAGUGGGUGUUCCGGACCCAUGGGAUGUCCGGGGACGUUCCAGGAGUAUGUCGUAACGGAUGCGAGGUAUUGUACACCCGUUAUGAAGGACCUGGAUGGGAGUUUGGCAGCGCCGCUUCUUUGUGCGGGUGUUACUGUGUACAAGGCGUUGAAGAUCCUCAACCUUGCGCAUUCAUCUUGGGUCGCCAUCCCCGGCGCCGGCGGCGGCCUCGGACAUCUCGGGAUCCAAUACGCCCAUGCCCUCGGUUACCGCGUCAUCGCCAUCGACGCUGGCUCGAAGCGUCAGUUGUGUGAGUCCUUGGGCGCUGAAGCCUUCAUCGACUUCGCGGAGGCCGGUGACGAGUUACCCAAGCGUGUUCAGGACUUGACGGAUGGCGAAGGCGCCCACGCCGUCGUUGUCGUCAACGCCUCUCCCAAAUCCUACGCCUCAGCCCCCGACCUCCUCCGGAUCGGCGGCCAACUCGUCUGUGUCGGAAUCCCCGGUGGACCAGCUCCGAUCACCCUCGAUGCCCGUAACAUCAUCCUCAAGGAUCUCAACGUCAAGGGGAGCGCGGUCGGUACGAGGCAGGAUGCGAUUGAGGCGUUGGAGAUCGCGGGGAGGGGGCUGGUGAAGACGAGGGUUGAGAGUGUUGGGUUGGAUGGGGUACAGGGGGUUUUUGAGAAGAUGAGGAAGGGGGAAAUUGAGGGGAGGAUGGUGGUAGAUUUCAGCAAGUGAGUGUGUGUGUGAUAUGUUCCGGCUGUAUAUAGUGAUGUAUGGUAUGACUAAGUGCAAUGGGUAUGCAGUGAUAUUCUUGCGGUU